AUGUCCUCCAAUGCAGACUAUGCUGCUGUCCGACCACUUCUAGAAGUCUACUUUGAUAUGCUAGCCCUUGAAUCCCUAGUAUAUGGAAUUUACGUCGCGCUGUUUGGUGUCACAGUAGCCUCUAUCGGUUCGAAAUGUUCCUUCAAUUCAAAUGAGGACACACAAAAUAACGCUUUCGGCAUAGUCUCUAGACGUCAACUUCAAUUAGACAGCUUUGGACUGCAUUUUGCGGUUGUGGUCAUGUUUGCAAUGUCGACAAUUCAUCUGGCGACCAAGUGGUCCAUUGUCAAAACCGCGUUCGUUCUUAACGGAGAGACCCCACUGUCUGUUGCAACCUACCUCUCAUCCCCGCGCCCAUCUGUCGAAAUCCUGGAGGCAACAGUCUUUGCGACAAACACGUUCUUUGCCGACUCCAUUUUGGCAAGUUAUCUGCCAAUAUUUGUCUGGAGAUGCUGGACCAUCUGGGGACGUGAUUACCGGGUAGUUACAAUACCGGCACUUUCCACGAUAACUGGUGCACUUCUCGGAUAUCUCAGUGUGGCCCAAGAAGCCCGAUUUCUGCUGAACAAAGCCACUGCGGCCGAUGCCUAUGUGCAGUUCUCCAACCCAUACUUUUAUCUGUCACUCAGCACGACGGUCCUGUGUACGCUGCUUAUCGUCAUUCGGAUCGUCCUUCUGGCACGCGGGAGUUUCGGGCAGUUGCGGAGCUAUAGCGGUGUGAUCGAAAUGGUGGUCGAGUCUGCCGCCAUGUAUUCAGCCACGCUGAUUGCGUUCAUCGCCAUGGGCUCGCUGAAUGUCGCGGACGGGUACCCACAGGCGAUUUUGGGGCCGAUGACGGGCAUUGCGCCAACUUUGAUUGUCGCCCGUGUUUCUUUGGGCUUAUCGCGCGCUGAACCUUCAUGGAAAUCCCGAGGAACAGUUAGCGCAGAUACCAUGCGGUUUACGCCUCAGGUGUCCCUGUCCAUGGCUGGUUCGGCCCAGCCCAGCGACACGAUAUUCAGUCUGUCAACACUGGAUGAGCGCCAUGGAAAAGUAUAG